AUGAUGUUAUCGAUGUCCCUCACGAUCCGAGACACAACGAACCAUGCAGGAUGUCAGAAAACUUCUGAAAGGGGUACGCAGAACCGGGCGCGCGCGCGCGAGUAUGUUUCCGUAGGGGUGCUCCCCCUGUCGAUGCUGCCAGAAUGUCUCAUCUAG